AGGCAACAGUUACAAUGAGAACUUGGGCAAGGCAGAAUUUCUCCUCGGAUACCAUCAGCAAAAUGCCGGACGUGGAGGGGAGCGUGCCGCCGAAGGACCACGGCGAGGUAGAGAGCGGGCCCUGUAAGCCGGAAACGUCAGCACCGACCCAGGAGGACAAGAGCGGCCCCACGGACCCCGCUCCCUGUCUGACAGAGACCGUCAAUGAAGCUUCCAAGCUGAGCAACGAAACUGAGAUGCGUCAGGAUUUCCACAUGGACGAGAAGAUUGUACCUCCAGGCAGUUUGGAAGGCAAGGUCAAGGAGACAAUGCACAAUGCCUUUUGGGACCAUCUUAAAGAACAGCUGUCAGCCUCUCCCCCUGAUUUCAGUUGUGCUCUUGAACUUCUGAAAGAAAUUAAAGAGAUCUUGCUGUCUCUACUCUUACCACGCCAGAACCGCCUGAGAAGUGAGAUCGAAGAAGCUUUGGAUAUGGACUUCCUCAAGCAGGAAGCAGAACACGGGGCCCUGGAUGUCCCUUAUCUUUCCAAGUACAUUCUCAACAUGAUGACUUUGCUGUGUGCACCAGUUCGAGAUGAAGAAGUGCAGAAGCUAGAGAAUAUUGCAGAUCCUGUUCGGUUACUGAGAGGGAUCUUCCAGGUUCUGGGCCUGAUGAAAAUGGACAUGGUGAACUAUACUAUCCAGAGCCUUCAGCCCCACCUACAGGAACAUUCCAUUCAGUAUGAACGGGCUAAAUUCCAGGAACUCCUCAACAAACAGCCUGGCCUCCUGGAUCACACCACCAAAUGGCUGACCCAAGCAGCAGCAGACCUCACAACACCCCCUCCAUCUUGCCCUGACACCCCUGACGCCUCCAGUGUGGCUGGCACCUCUUCACAUGAAGCAAUCAACAGCCCGGAGCCUGUCAGCCCUGCGAUGGUGCUGUCCCAGGGCUUCUUGAACCUCCUCCUCUGGGACCCUGAAAAUGAGGAGUUCCCUGAGACCCUGCUGAUGGACAGAACUCGGCUGCAGGAGCUGGAGUCCCAGUUGCACCAGUUAACCAUCUUGGCCUCCGUCUUGCUAGUGGCCAGUAGUUUCUCUGGCAGCGUUUUGUUUGGCUCCCCCCAGUUUGUGGAUAAACUGAAACGCAUAACCAAAUCCCUGAUGGAGGAAUUUAACUCCAGGCCUGAGGAGGCUAUGUUGACUGUGAGUGAACAGGUGUCUCAGGAAAUCCAUCAAAGCCUCAAGAAUAUGGGCCUUGCCGCCCUGAGCAGUGACAACACAGCAUCUCUGGUAGGACAGCUCCAGAACAUUGCCAAGAAGGAGAACUGUGUCCGCAGUGUCAUUGAUCAGCGGAUCCAUUUGUUUCUCAAAUGCUGCUUGGUUCUCGGUGUGCAGCGAUCUCUGUUAGACCUUCCAGGAGGCCUUACUCUCAUUGAGACAGAGCUGGCGGAAUUAGGCCAAAAGUUUGUCAACCUGACACAUCACAAUCAGCAGGUGUUUGGCCCCUACUAUACUGAGAUCCUACAAUCCCUCAUAUCCCCAGCCCAGGCUCUGGAAACAAAAGUGGAGUCUCCCUGAUAGCACCAGUCCAGAGACCUUGCACGUUGGACCCAGAAGAGGGACCCAUCAUCUUCCUGGGACAACAUCGCCAGUGACCAGCAGAGCAGAGAGCCUC